AUGGGGGAAAUCAGUGAAGAAGAAGACCCAGUUUUAGUGUCCAUUGACCCAGUGUCCAGGACUGUGUGGCCAGGAUUCGUCUGGAUUCGUCUGUCCUUUGAUGUGCAGACUGAACGCCCUAACCAGAACUGGAUUGUUGUGGUUAUCUUCAUCCCGAUAGACAGGUACCCUUGGGCGGAGACGCCGGCUUCCUCGUCGGUACAAGACCGCUUCCACCCCCGAUGGUUACAGCCUGAUAACCCGGCCUCAGGAUAUUCCGAGUCGGCCUUUCCUGCAGCCGAACGAACAACGAUGGACCCAUGGGAGGCCGCGUCUAUCCGUGGUCACCGGACAGAGAUUGUCCAGAGCCUGCGUGUCCAGGACGUCCGGUCCUACAUGAUCCAGGAGGGAGUCAUGGACCCCGAACACUUCGAGGACAUCGAGUGCGAGCGUACACGAGCAUUAAAGGUUGAGCGUUUUCUAGACAUCCUGGCUACACGGGGACCUAGAGCCUUCCCGGUGUUUCUGACGGCCCUGGAGGAUUUCGGGUAUCCACAUCUGGCCGACAUGCUGCUGAGGGCACCGACAGAUGUAGACGGCUGUCUUGGCGGUGUUGUUCUACUCGAGGACACGAUAGCGAAAUGCCGAGAAAACCUGAAGAAAAGAUACCUGUCGGAGUACGGCUGGAUCCAGCCUAUCCCGUGGAACCCGGCUUUUCGUCUGCAUCUGGAUGAAGUUUAUACAAAUCUGGCUAUCGUGGAGGGGAAGCGGCGAAGUGUAUCUGCAGACUGCAUGGACAAGUCCUACAGCUUCCAGGAAGAGUGGCUGUUCGACGACGGGCCGUCCUGCGUUCUUGUAGAAGGUCCUGCUGGCAUCGGCAAGACCAUGCUCUGCCACAAGAUCGCCUACGAUUGGGCGCAGGGCACCGUCCACUCCCUGAAGAAGUUCAAGCUGGUGUUCCUUGUUGAGAUGAACAAGAUCAGCUUUCCCUCCAUGAAAGACGUGAUCGUCAAGAUCAUCGCAGCAGACGAGGCCGUCGAUGACGAAGUGGAGGCGAUCUGGGACUUUGUCUCAUCCAACCCGGAGCAGAUCCUGGUCAUCAUGGACGGCCUGGAUGAGGUAAGGUCUCCGCACAAGGCGAAGAUGGCGGAAUCCUUCAGCAAGUCUCCGCUGCGCCGCGCCUUCUCACUGAUCACGACCCGCCCGGAGAGUAACUGUCCCCUCCUCAGGAGCUGCGACAAGGCCUACAUCUUAGAGGGGCACACCGUGGAGACCCUGUCAAAAUUCAUCAAACGUUACUUCAGGGAAGACAGGGCCUCGGCAGACGGUCUUCUGCAGCGCAUCCGUUCCAACACUCCGCUGUCAGGGAUAGCCUUGAACCCGCUAAAUGCGGUAUUUCUCUGCGCCCUCUGGGAGGACAAUCAGGGAGCCCUCCCGGCCACACUUACACAGCUGUACUCAACACUCAUAGAAUGUCUCGUGCGCCGCUACUUCGAACGUAUCGGGCAGCCGUGUUCGGAAGCCGAGCUUGUCCUCGCCGAUGUUCGUAAUGUCCUCGUCACGCUAGGCCAGGUCGCCUUCAGGGGGCUGGAAGAAAACCGGAUGGUGUUUCAGGAACCAGAGCUGGAGGACAUCCCUAACCUCAUUCACGUCGGGCUGCUCGCUCAAGACACGUGGGCACGGCGUCUGUCCCAGCGUCCGUGGCGCUUCCUGCACAAGACGAUCCAGGAGUACCUCACCGCGUACUACCUUGCCGAGUCCGAACAAGGCUUCACCGUCGAACAAUUCGCAAAGGUCAUUCCAAACCCCGACAUGUACAUGGUGUGCAUAUAUCUAGCAGGACUCUUGAAAGAUCGUGCCCAUUACUUCUUCGAGACGUGGAAAGAGGUGAGAGAGAAAAGCGAGCUGGCGAACAACUUGUGCCUGUCCUGUCUGCACGAAUGUGCCCCUCAUGGAGAGCUGGUGGAGAUUGUUCUCCCCUCCUUUGUCGACGACGGGUCCUUCGACGUGACCACCAAACUGAAGAAUCGAUUCUACAACAUUCCAACCAACUACCUGCGACCCGUUCGUCACGUCGAUCGUGGUGGACAGGUGGACCGCCGCUAG